CACGGUCAGUAAACACAGUCGCGCCGCUCUGUCUGUCUGUCAUUGGUGUCAGUCUUCUAUACUCUUUGUUGGUGUCCCACAAGAAGGGAACAUGAGGAGGUGUCCUCUAACAUCAUACUGCUGCUGCUGCUGCUGUGCACUCAUAAGAGAACCUCACAAAAAGCAGAUUCUGCAGAGGAACUCGGUGCACACUAAAGUGCACACAAGGAAGGCUGUGGCUGUAGUUUAUGUCGCGUGAUCCGAGCAGGAAUGGUAGGCUAUGAUCCAAACUCCCCCGGCACGGCUUUCACCCCGGAGGAAGCUGCUCUGGCCGGGUCAGCGGCGGGUAUGGUCACCCGUGCCCUCAUCAGCCCUCUGGAUGUCGUCAAAAUCAGGUUUCAGUUGCAGAUCGAGCAGGUGUCCUGGAGGAAUCGUCAGGGGAAGUACUGGGGUUUAUGGCAGGCCACACGCUGUAUUAUGACUGAAGAAGGACUUCCUGCUUUCUGGAAAGGUCACAUUCCUGCCCAGCUGCUGUCUGUGUGUUAUGGGGCAGUUCAGUUUGCGAGUUUUGAAGCCUUAACAGAGCUGGUCCAUAAGAAGACGGCCUAUAACAGCCAGACACCAGGAGUGCAUUUCAUCUGCGGCGGUUUGGCCGCCUGCUCCGCCACCGUCGCCUGCCAGCCGCUGGAUACCCUCCGCACACGCUUCGCUGCUCAGGGCGAACCCAAGAUGUAUCGUAACCUCAGGCAUGCCGUGGUCACAAUGUUCCGCACAGAGGGGCCCUUCACCUUCUACAGGGGCCUCACACCCACCCUAGUGGCCGUGUUUCCAUAUGCAGGCUUGCAGUUUUUCUUUUAUAAUAUCAUAAAGAAACUUCUGGAGCCCCAAGACACCAAAUCUAAAGGAGCUUUACACAGUCUGAUCAGCGGUAGUUGUGCUGGAGUCAUCAGUAAAACAAUGACGUAUCCGUUUGACCUGAUUAAAAAGAGACUUCAAGUGGGUGGAUUUGAAGAGGCCAGGAUGAAGUUCGGACAGGUGCGGACGUAUCAUGGAUUUGUGGACUGUGUGGUGAGGAUCGGCAGAGAGGAAAGGCUCCGGGGUUUCUUUAAGGGUCUCUCCCCCAGUCUCCUGAAGGCCGCUCUGUCCACAGGCUUCACCUUCUUCUGGUACGAGUUCUUCAUCAACGCCAUUGUCAGCCUCAAGAGCAGCUAGUGAGAGAAACCUUGCAGAUGUAAGAUCAUCAGCUGGAACUCAACGUGUGUUUUAAGGUAUGUAGAUGGACAUAAAGUGAAGUGAAGAGGGACCAGUAGCUGCUCUCAAGAUACAGGCACUGAGUCAAGAGCUGUUUUACUGCACCAGAAAGAUAUUUUACAUUUCUGAUUCGCUCUACUAAAGCCUUGAACUGAACAAUCAGCUGAAAUGUACGUGUUUACGUGUAACAGUGAGCUCUACCUCUCUUGUCACUCUCGACUGGAGACUUGAACCGAUGUUACACAUAUUAAGAUUUUACGUUUUGUCAUAAUGUCUGCAUGUUUUGGUUUGCACUAUUUUAUUGUUUUUAUACAUAACACUGGAAAUCAGAAUGUUUAACUCUAAGUUUUUGCAGUUUAAACAUUUAAACUAUAUACUCAAUAUGGUGCAUGAAAUAUUCAGUCAUCUGGUUUCUACAAAUAGAUUCAUUUCAGGUUUUAUGGGUUUUGUUUGUUUUAUGUAUUUUAUGUCCUUGUUAAGGCUUUUAAAUGGUGAAUGUUCAAAUCUUUUAUGAAUUACAUUUGAUAAAAUUGUAUGUUCCAUAUUAACGGAUAGAUAAAGAUUGUUUGGAACAGUUUGAACCUCCAUGUUUCCUGUUACUCUGGCUUUAUUUAUGCCCAUAUUUAUGUAUUUUUUAUUGUACUUUCUCACUAACAUUAGUAAAAACAAACUCUCUUCCGAAGAUCAUAGUGGUUUUACUUUUACACCUGUGUAGUCAUAUACAAAAACACAUAUCUAACAUAUUGCAAAAAUGUAUGGCAAACAAAUGUGUGUGAGACAUGCAAGAUAAAAAGCAACUAUUUUUCUAAUAAAAUU